AAAGCCGGGAGUACGCUGAGGUGGACGCGGGGCUGCCUCGCGGCUGCGUGUGCUUUAAUGGACCAUGUGCUGCUGUAUAUGCCUGAAGUACUUGAAAUGCAAAUUUGGAGAGAUUUUGCCAUCUAAAUGCUUGACUGAAUUAAGUGUCUAAUUAGAAUGGUAUUUCUACAAGUUGGAGUAAGCAUGCAAUCGGUACUUUGGUCUGGGAAGCCAUAUGGUUCAUCUCGAAGUAUAGUAAGGAAAAUUGGUACUAACUUAUCUCUGAUCCAGUGUCCAAGAGUUCACUUUCAGCUUACCAGCCCUGCAACAGAAUGGAGCCCCAGCCACUCGGGAGAGGAGACAGUGGCAUCAUUUGCUGAUGUUGGAUGGGUAGCCAAAGAAGAAGGAGAAUGUUCAAUGAGACAGAGGACAGAGGUCAGGUCAAGGCAAUCCUCCCUUCAGGAUGAACUUCAUUUCUUUGAGAAGCCCCCGAGCAGGCAUAUUUCCUUACCAAACCUGUCUUCAGAGGAGCCUCAAGCCAAGACUUCAACUCUGGCGAGUGAGGAAGCUUUGCAGAAGAUCAAUGCCCUUGAAAAUGAACUUGCUGCUCUCAGAGCUCAGAUUGCCAAAAUUGUGACCCUGCAAGAACAUCAGCAUCUCGCAGCAGAUUCUGCUGCAUCUGUUACUGCCCCACCAGCCCCACCCCCGCCACCCCCUCCACCCCCUCCGCCACUUCCACCGCCUCCUCCCUCCGGACUCCACCAAAGUAAAUCUGCUAUUGACCUGAUUAAAGAGAGAAAAGAGAAGAAAGCCAGUGCCGAAAAGAUUUUGGUUAAGGACUCUCCAAAGAAACAUGACAUGCCAAAUAUGCUAGAGAUCCUCAAAGAUAUGAACAGCGUGAAGCUUCGGUCAGUAAAAAGGUCAGAACAAGAGAUGAAGCCCAAACCUGUAGAUGCUACUGAUCCUGCUACUCUCAUAGCAGAGGCUCUAAAAAAGAAGUUUGCUUAUCGGUAUCGAAGCGAUAGUCACAGUGAAGUUGAAAAAGGAGUUACAAAGUCUGAAUCAGAGGCCACUUCAGAAACAGUAUUGUUUGGGCCACACAUGUUGAAGUCUACAGGAAAAAUGAAGGCCUUAAUUGAAAAUGCAUCAAAUUCCUAACAGACAACAAUGAGCUGAGAAGGACGCUGUUCAGCUGAUGACUUGUUAGGUCUGAGUAGAAAUCAACACUAUUAGUAAUACCUGACUUUAGUAUUCAGUGGUCUCUUUAAAUCUAAUGAGAGGAUUAAGCAAGAACAAAAACUAUCUUUGUUCUUGUUUUUAUGAGAAGGUCAGUUCUGAAGUUUCGUAAAGUGUAUUCUGAUAUACAGCAUGUUUUUUAAUGCCAUAGCUGGAGUGUUUAGCUUUCCAGUCUUAAAAACAAUUAUAUAGGGUUCAGAACAAAGAAAGGAAGGACAUUUAUAGGUAUGAUUUUUAAUUCUGAACACUAAUUUAUCUGUACAGAUGUCUUUUAUUCAUAUACUUGGAUAUAAAACCAUCUGAAAAUUUUAGAGGUGACGGCAAUAAGAAUACUUUGGUCAUUUAUUUUCAGUGAUAAUUUUGUCAAUGAUACUUUGGUAUAACACAAGUUGUUGGAGUGAAGUCUUUGAGACUGGACUCUUUCUUGCCUUAAACGGAACAUUUAUCUGAGAUUCUCUCUCACAUUUUCUUGGAAAUGUGAAUAGGAACCAAAAAAUGUUCACUGCUGAAGUUCAGUGUUACUUUAAAGGGAAGUCAAAACUAUGAAAGCCUCUUCCACCCUAGUGCCAUCCAUUACUGAGCAAGAAAUUGUAUUUUUCAAAUAUGAAUCAAAUUGAAUGAAAAUAUCUUAAAGUAAAAGCCAGAAGGUACCAUCUUUUGGUUUCUUUUGCAUAAAUAGCAUCAUUCUGGGAAUGUAAUGGACUUAAAUUUCACUAUUGGUCAAAUGUCAGCUUUUACAUAGUGGAUAGAGUUUCCCCCUAAGUUAUCAUAGGUCAGAAUGCUGUUCUUUUGAAUUACACGAUGCAACAUAAGCCUACGGUGUUAUUAGAAAGUGAAGAACUGCCCUUUUAUCUAGGGCUUUCGAGGAAUUGGCUGGAAGUGAUCAUUUUAGGAUACUUGUAAAUCUUUAUGAUUUUUCUGUAUUUCUGUUAUUUUCAGAGGUAGUUAAUGCCUGAAUUCCCUACCAUUAGCAGAUAUUUGGAUUUAUUAUUUAAAUCUAACUUAAUAAGUUGUGCUACAGAUACAGGAAGAGUAGAUAGUCACUUUUAAGUUAUUGAAAAUAUGUGCAAUGUUCUAGAUAGUUGCAAAUAUUAGUUGAAGUAAUUUAUGUGAUUUGGUUUUCCAGUUUAAAUUCCUCCCGUGGCUUAAUUUUACACAUGUUCUAAAUAUUUUAUAUGGUUUAAAACUGUCUUUUUAAAAAUUUAGAAAAUUCACCUGUUAACAUAUUUUGGUAUUCUGAGCAACUGAGAUCUGUAUCAGUAUUGGAUCUUGGCCAGUGCGCCAAUAAGGAAGUAACUGUUUUGAAAUAAAGCAAACUUAUUUUCCUUGGA